AUGAGCAAGAUAGCGAAGCUGGGAUCGUUCACGCUGGUGAGCGGAGUGGUAGCGACGUCGUGCUACUACUACUUCAUCGACCGGGACGGGUACCAUUACAAGCGGUCUGUGUGGAAGCAGGUAGGCGACGAGGUGCAGCGGGUCAUAGACCGCAAGCCUAGCCUGGUGUUCAGCAAGGAGAAGUACGGCGACCAGUUCGACUACGACUACAAGGUGAGCGGUGAGCGGGUGGAGCGUGUGCCAGUGGACCACAAGCAGCUGGUGCUGCGGUACAACUCAGAGACCAUGAAGGACCUGUGGAACAAGGAAGUACGGGCGCUGGUGGACUGGGUCUACUCUAGGUGA